AGUUACGUUCGUACGAGGUGUUGCAACUAUAGUUGUAAGCAAUUUUUGGCGCGAGACUGUGACUACUAUAUAAGUCUUGUUAGUAAUUCAAAUUGUUCAUUUCUCUCUCGCACUUGAACAACCAUGUCUGGACGAGGAAAAGGUGGAAAAGUUAAGGCGAAGCCUAAGACCCGUUCUUCGAAGGCUGGACUUCAAUUCCCUGUUGGUCGAAUCCAUCGUUUGUUAAGAAAAGGCAACUAUGCCCAACGUGUUGGUGCAGGAGCUCCUGUCUACUUGGCUGCCGUGAUGGAGUAUUUAGCUGCUGAGGUGCUCGAGUUGGCUGGCAACGCUGCUCGGGACAACAAAAAAUCUCGAAUCAUCCCCCGUCACUUGCAGUUGGCUAUCCGCAACGACGAAGAGCUGAAUAAACUCUUGUCUGGUGUCACGAUUGCUCAGGGCGGUGUUUUACCAAACAUCCAAGCUGUCCUUCUUCCGAAGAAGUCUGCUGCCGCCGCUGUUUCCAAGAAGUCCGACAAGAAAGGGUCUCAAUCUCAGGAAUUUUAAGAUUCCAUACGUCAUCUCGUUUUUACUACUUUUUUUUAUAUUUUCAUCUACCAAACGGCCCUUUUAAGGGCCAACAAAGCCAUCCGUAAAGUCUGACAUUGUCUUCUGAAUUCGUGCGAUUUUCUUCAGAUACAUAUGGUGUCCGCUUUGCUAUCAUUGUUAAAUUCAGUUUGCAUCUAAUUUUAAUAACUCUGUGUUGACUUUUUAAUAGUAUUUUUUCUUUAUAUUAAAAUUAUCUUAAUAAUGUG